AUGGGCCCCUAUGUGCCUCCGGGCCAAUCGCCACCAUUUGAGGUUGUCGACGACUUUCACCAUGGAGCGUGGAUUAUCAUAACCGCUGCCCUAGGGCUGGUAAUAUCACUUGUCUGCUUUUUAAUUCGACUUUACGUCAGGUUGAUGUUGAUACCACCAUUUGCACGAGAUGAUUUUGUUCUCCUUGCCGCAACGUUAAUUGCGACAAGCGACGCAUUUGCCUUGGUGGUUAUUUACCUCUCAAAAUGCUGUGUCGUCGCUAUCUAUUUUCGUCUGACACCACAAAAACCGCACAACAGAGCGUCGUGGGCUACUUUUGCCUUGUGCACCGUUUGGUUGAUCUCUGCUGUUUUCAUUUUACUGGUCAACUGUGAGCUUAAACGGCCUUGGAGGGUCCAGGGUGGCCAAUGUCAUAAUUUAUUUCGACGAUGGAAAUUUAUAGCAGCUGUCGAUAUUAUAACGGAACUCAUUUUAUUCUCACUAGCUGUUGCUCUGUUGAAAGGGCUUUUUAUGUCGAUAAAACGAAAACUCGGAAUCGGCUUUGCAUUCAUAUUUCGGUUUCCGUUAAUUAUAUUCACUCUGCUCCAUAUGUCGUCUCUUAACUCCGCUCUCGCCGAUAACGAUGUCACAAUCGCCGCUAUAGAACCUACACUUUGGCUCCAGGUCGAACUGCACUAUGCCCUCGUUGCAUGCAGUGUAUUCUGUCUUCGCCCUUUUAUGGCAGCUGUCAGUACAAACUACGGAACGGCAGGCGAUUCAAAUCUGGAGAGUAGUGCUUCUCGAUCCAGGGAGACAAAGAGCAGUUCGAAAUCCGGAUCUGGAUCUGGAUCAGGAUCGAAUUCGGCUUCGAGAUCAAGGUCUUUGUCACGGGUUCGAAGGAAAAGGGCCGGUACGGGGUCUAAAUUGCCGAGAUCGGGGUCGAAGGAACAGCUUUGUCGUGAUAAAUUUGCUCAUGGUGGGCUAGGAGCAGACGCAGCUCUUCCGGAUAAGAAAGAGAAGAAGAAGAAGGCUGUUGGGAUGAAGCAAAGGGGUUGUGAGAAAGAUGCGGGCCCGCGAGCUCCGAUGAGACGGUCUAUGUUUCCUCUCGGUCAACCCAUUUCUAGUAAGCCGAAUAAGCCUGUUAAAGCCAAUCAAGGAAAGUCUGGGGAAAGAAUCCUGGAGGAAGAACCUGCGCUUCUUGAGUUUGACUCCGAUGCUAUUGAACUGAUGCCACAAUUGCAGCGACAGCAUGCACGAACAGAUGAGGCAGGGCCUGCGAGCAGUGAAGAUCCUGAUAGAAUGGUUAUUCGGAAGGAAGUUGAAUACUCGGUCCAGUAUGAGUAUGAAGGGCGGAGGCGCGAGAGGAUUCAGGGAGAGGCAGAGGGCGUCUCAAAGAAGAGCUCGACUGAUGCCAUGGCAUAUGUGUAG